AUGGAUGCUGGCAUGUCUCUGUUUUACAGAUGCCUUAGCACAGCAUCUAUACCAGCUACUGUUCACACAGAACUGGAUAGGAUCCAUGAAACAGACUGGAAACUGAUUUAUGCUGCAUGAGCUUGUGUGAUUUGGGCAUAAUGGGCAUCAUUCAGGCAUACUCUAGGGAGCCUACUGAUGUGCUGACAUCAGCCUUCCGUGCAUCGUAGCUAACUGGCAUACUAAAAUGGAGACCAGCACAGAUGACUGUGGGCAGCUGGCUCUCGCCAGCUCUAGCAGAGCAAAGAACAGAUUGAAGAGAAAGAAGUUGAAAGCAAAGGACAACUUCAGCUGCCACAAAAUGCAUCAUCUCUGGAUUGUCUGGACUUUUGGAACUCUGACUUUGCAGGUGUGUUGCACUGGAACAGAGUAUGAUGGGGGCAACAUUUUAGAGAUUACCCCAGAAAGUGAGAAACAAGUGCAGUGCUUACAGAAUAUCCUUCAGUCCUGGCUGCUAGAUCUUUUGAAGCCUUUGCAGCCUGAAGACAUCAAUGUCAAGACUACAGUGCAUGUCAGGAUCCCAUCCACUGCUUUACAGCUCGUGAAAGAGGACCUGCUUCAUUGUUCACAAUCUUUGGAAAUUCUGACUGGCAAUGUGAAAUACAUAGAGGAAGACAAAAUAGAUACCAAAGAAACCAGGAAGACCAUCAAUGAAUAUAACUACACCACAUAUCAUCCAAUGAAUGAGAUUUAUGACUGGAUAAAUGGCAUAGCAAAAAAGCACAGUCAGUUUGUGACACAACAUCUUUUGGGUUUAACUUAUGAGUCAAGACCGAUGCAGUACCUAAAGAUCAGUCAGCCGUCUGAAAAUCAUAAAAAGAUUGUUUGGAUAGAUUGUGGAAUCCAUGCAAGGGAAUGGAUUGCGCCAGCAUUCUGCCAAUGGUUUGUGAAAGAGCAGAUUGUACAGAAUUAUCAAAAUGAUCAAAGGAUUAGAAAAAUCCUCCAGAAUUUAGACAUAUACGUCUUGCCAGUUCUCAAUAUUGAUGGGUAUAUCUACUCGUGGACAAAAGAAAGGCUCUGGAGAAAAAAUCGUUCUCAAUAUGGGAAUGGAACCUGCUAUGGAGUGGACCUUAACCGCAACUUUAAUGUAUCAUGGUGCACUCAUAGAUCAUCCACAAAUUGCAGUUCCAACUCCUUCUGUGGAAGUUCACCUGUUUCAGAACCAGAGACCAGGGCAGUGGUAGAGUUUGUGGAAAGCAGAAAGGCAGAUAUUGUUUGCUUCCUAACAAUGCACUCAUACAGCCAACUCAUCCUGACUGCUUAUGGAUACUCUACAGGGCUAUCAAGGAAUUAUAAUGAAAUAUUCAAAGUAGCUGAAAUGGCAGCAUCAGCCAUGGAAAAAAUACAUGGUACAAAGUACAGGGCUGGUCCAUUUUCCAAACUCCUAUAUGAAGCUUCUGGAACAUCCCAAGACUGGGUUCAUGAUCUAGGCAUAGACUUCUCCUUCACCUUUGAACUGAGAGAUAAUGGUAGCCACAAGUUUACUUUGCCUGAGGACCAAAUACAACCAACCUGUGAAGAGACUAUGGCUGGUGUGAUGACCAUUAUAGAAUAUGUCAAUGAAAAAUACUUUCCAAACAAGGCUUCGACCACUGUUUUUAAUUGUUGGAUAAAUAUCCUUAUUUUCAACACAUUUAUGCAAGUUUCAGUUUUAUUUUUCUAACAUUUCAAAAGGAAAUAUUAAUCUUUUCCAGGUUGUCUACUCACAUCCUUCCUCCAUGCUAUUUUGCAUAAUACCCAUAAAUUAAAUCAAAUUACUCAAGAGGAUGGUGUUCUGGGAGAAAUAACUUUACUUUACAACAAUAAGCUGGGUUUUCAAUUGUUUCUAUUUAAAGGGUCAACAUAUCUCCAUUUUUAACAUGAGUUCAAUAAAUAUAGCUUGUGAUAAUAUAAACAUAUUUCUUGCCUGUUGAUUUAAUCAAAAGAAAUCUAUGUUUUUGUUAUUUCUUGACCUAAGCAAGGCAAAGAGUUUAGGCAAAAAGAAAAUUAAACCUACUCCAUGUGUGAUUUUUGCAAGAUAGAUAAUUAAAUUACCAGUGCACAGAUAAACAGAAGUCAGUUUUAUAGGGGGUUGAAUUAUUCAGACUUUGUAAAAAUAAAAUGGAAUCAAUCAAGCCACCUUUUGAUCAAGUCUACCACCUCUGGAUUCCAGAUCUCAAUGAAGAUGUGGGAGGAAGCCAUAGACACUGCCUAUAAUUUAUUAAUCCCAAUAAAAGACAGAUUUAUACAAUACAAGUUUCUCUAAAUUGAUAUAACCCCUCUUAAGCUGAAAAGGUUUGGCAAAAAACAGGAUAACCUGUGUCCCUGAUGUAAAUCCCCAGGUGCUAACUUUAUUCAUAUGAUUUGUAUUGUCCCCCUAUAAAAGAAUUGUGUGCUUCUGUAAUGGAGGUCCUGGCCGCUGAACUGGGUACACCACAAAUUGCUGACCCCCUGCUCUGCUUACAAGGGGAAAAAGACCACAUACUACCCACCAGUGUCACCAGAAUUCAGGUGCGAUUCCCUCAUGUUCUACAUCAAGAAGGCGGUGAUAAUGCACUGGAAGGGAGAUAACCCCCCUCCAUAACUUUCUGGAGGCAACUAGUAGACAUGCACUGCUGUUUAUUAAAGGCAAACUAAAGCUUAACUAAAGAAUUUGGCUAGAAAUGUUAUAAACUAUGUUUUGGGCUCUUGUUCCAGCACAAGCCAACCACUGACUUUUUUGCACUGAAGAUCUGUGCCCCCAAGAUGCCCCAAUAGCUCCCCAUCUCCUUUUCUUCUAAUUCACUGCACAUACUCUGUGCUACUGUCAGUUACUGAGCUUAGGGACAAAUUCACAAUAUACUGUAUAUAUAGAAUAUAAAUGUCACAAUAUAAGACUGAUUAGUAAAUAAUAUGGAUUAUUACUGCAUGACCAAAAGCAAUUAUCAGAAAUGAAUAAUCAACCCCGCAGCAUUAUUUUCUGCUUGAUAUUUGCAAUGACCCCUGUGGCAACUCUGAGGUACUGAAUCAUUACAACUGUAGAGAUGCUGAACCUUUAGGCUGGGUCAAUGAGUUCAUUAUAUACAAUAUGACAUUUCUAGCCAUAUUAAUUUUUAGGGUUUAGUUCUCCUUUAAAUUAAUGUUCAAAAUAAGGGUAGCCAAUUUCAGUUUGACAAGGUGUGGGUUGCUUGGUGUAAUCCAGACUUUCUGGAGCUGUAAUCCUUUCUUUCAGGGUGUACGUGACCUGCAUCUCACAGUUAUAGAAUCCUUCUGUGUACUUAAGCACCUGCUACAAUGAGCAAUAAUAUUCUGCUGUCUGUUCUAGACUGUGGUUGAGCCAGAACCUAUCAAUUCUACUGUACAUGAUAGUGACUGUUCAUUGUUCUAUAAUUUGUCUUGUUUUGUCUGCUUUGUUUUGGGUAAAAUCAAUAAAACUUACCUUUAAAUACAGGGGGAUGGUCUGUGCCCUGGAAUUCUAAUUAUAUAGAUCAGAUGUGGUUUUGCAGAACAAUUUAGUUAUUUAUGUAUGCAUCAGAUAUAAGUGAAAGGGUUGCAGAAUUGUGCCCCCUAGCUAACCAAUAAAUACACCUUGUUUGUGUAGCUAUAUCCUGAGUGCACACAGCAUUCUAAUGGUCUAAAUUCUAUUUUGAUAUUAGUUGCUAUACUUCCUCCAAAUGAGUUUGCCGAAGAUGUUAUCAUGCUCCUUAUUCAUUUUUCUUUUAUGUUUUGAUUGUGUUUUGGGUUCUUUUUUAAUUUGUGAUGUCAAUUGAUCAGUUGUUUUGCUGUUUAAAACAUGUACUUCCUUCUCUGUUUAUGCCUAUGAUUAAGUUCACAUGUGCAGGAAACGCGUCAGGCGUAUUCAUUUUAAAGAGAUGAAUAAAGUUGAGAUUUAAAGGACAUCUUAUGACAUUCUGAUGUGUGA